AUGCACAUUCCGCUCGCUGGCUUUGGUAGUGGGGCCUCCGCUACCGCCGCCACGUUUGAUAUUAAUACCGAACAACUCCAGGAGACGAUACGGUGGCCGUAUGAGGAGGAAGAACUGCUCGAAUGUAUCGACCGGGAGGAGCUGCCGCUGAUGCUGAUCGAUAUGCUCGAAAACAAGUGUCCUGGUCUGUUCUACUCGGGUUGUGUCAUCGCGGAGAUACGCGACUAUCGGCAAUCGUUUCCGAUAUUUACCUGUGAUACGUACCACGUGCUGUUGAAGCCGACUAAUCAGACCCUGCUUGCAGAUGUGAACCUUCUAACGGCGGAUGGUGAAUGGAGUGCAGAGGAUAAAGUUGCGCUAGAAAGCCAGUUGGUGUUGGCGACCGCGGAACCGCUUUGUCUGGACCCCAAUCCUGAGGUGGGAAUCAUGACUAUCAAUCAACAGCACCGUCGAUACAUUCUCAAUACCAAUCCGAUACGGAGGCAGGCAAAGAAGUUCUCACAGGUAGCGAUCAAUCGGAAAAGGAAAACGGACCAGUUUACUCAUAACUUUGGUCUUGAGUUGAGCGAUUUCAUGACAAAGUAUAGGGCCAAACCCCGUCAGUACGCUGCGACCAAGCGAAGUGUAGUUAGUUUUACACUGCCCAAGAAGCCCUCGGACGUGAGUCCUACCGUUAGGGUGCCGAACUUGGAAUUACCUGAUCUGACCCCACCCGCUGAGGUAAAUGUGGAGAAGUUUGCGAGGAAAUACGACGGACCUAAGGAGAGUCGGGACUGCAUACCCCAGCUUAUCGAGGAGUACAUUUUGGAGACGGAUCGGGUAGCGAGUCGAGGUGAUACUAGAACCUACCAUAUCAAGUUGUCGAUAUUCCAGCGGCCAUCCAAUUCGGAAUAUCUGGGUGAACUGUACGUGGAUAGAGAUUACAGGGAGAACGAGCGCAAUGGGGAAGCUUGCCAAUUUUCCUUGGGUACUCGAGCGCAUGCACACCGAUACAUACAACAGUUUACGGAGAUAUUCACCGAAGAGGGUAGAAAAUCGGUUAAAAUUACUCAUUUGGUUCCUGGACAAGUUCCCAAGGUAUUGCAUACUGCAGGAAUGCGAGAACAAAAUGUUCAACAGCAACAGCAGCAGCAGCAACAACAACAGCAACAGCAGCAACAACAACAACAGCAACAACAGCAACAUCAUCAGCAACAACAACAAGCAAUUCAACAGCAACAGGCUCAUAUCCAACAGCAAAUUUCUCAAAUUCAACAACAGUUGCAGUCCCACCCUACGCAUGCUUUAAUCACACGACUGCAAACGGCUAAUCCGUCAUUGGUUUCGCAGAUUGCUGCUGCUGGAGGUAACAUAACUAUAAACACCGCCAACCCUGCAACAAUAUCCACGGUUGUUAAUCAGCAGCAGCAACAGCAGCAACAAGUUGUUCAGCAGCAGCAACACACACAGCAGCAAAUCAUAACUGCAGGACCUGCGGCAAACAUCAUAACAAUUGGUGGUCCGUCACCCCAACAACAGCAACAAAUUCAAAUACAGCAACAUCAACAACAGCAACAGUUGGGCAACCAACAGCAUGCGACGCAGCUUCUAACGGCAACUGCUGCCGGUCAUCAGCAAAUUUUCACCACCUGUGAUACCACCAACAGCAAUUCCACUCAACAGCAGCAGCCCGGCAGUCAAGCGACCAUCACUCUACAACAGCAACAGCAGCAACAAUCCCAGCAACAGCAAGCCCAACAGCAACAAAUUCAGCAAAUUCAAACUCAACCACAACAGCAAACGCUUAGCCUCAGCAAUGGGUCGCUUCUACUGGUGCAGCCGACGGGACAGAUUUCCAAUAUAACUACCGCCACCAGUGUCAGCGGCGGUCAAUCGAACGUUGGUCAAUCUGUCGUCACCAAUGUGACCGGGACGCAAAACAUUCAAGGUUUUACCUUUACCUCAGCUUCUCAAACUGCCACUAUCAUAAAUCAAGCUGGUUCAGCCGGAACAACCAAUGCCACCACCAAUCGUGUCCCCCUGUUGGUUCGCCUGGAGAACAAGGCCUCCCAGCAGUUGCAACAGCAGCAACAACAACAACAGCAACAGGUACAGCAAACUCAUCACGUUCAAUCGCAACAACAAAAUCAAAGCACCACCACCACCAUUCAUACAAACAAUCCGGAAAUUAACGCAAUUGCACUCAGUAUAAUGAAUUCGGCAAAUCAAUUUCGACAACAACAGCAGCAGCAGCAGCAGCAACAACAACAGCAACAACAACAACAGCAGCAGCAGCAACAAGCAACCGUUAAAACCAAUUCGAAUGCCGCCAUCAUUAGUUUACUUAACAGUGCACCGGCUGCAAUGACCAACUCCUCCGUACUGGGCAGUAGUCUAACGAUUCCCGUUAGCAAAACACCCGUUGAGAUUCAUCAACAGCAGCAACAGCAAACACAUCCACAACAGCAUACCAUUCACCAUCACCAGGCCACGGGGACAACGACUAUUUCGGGCAGUGCGGCCGCUGCUCUGUUCAACAGUGUCAGUGGUCGUAAAAUACAAAUUCAGCAGCAACCCGGCGGGGCCCAGAGAAUACUCAACCACACCAAUCUAAUUGCGGUCAGCAGCAAUCCGGCGGGCGGUGGGAUCGGGCAAACUCAGCUGAUCAACAUACAGCCAGCGACACAGCAGCAAUCCGGCGAUCAACAGCAACAGCUCGGCCAGAUUCAACAACAUCCCGGCUCGAGUAUCCGGGUUACCAUGUCUGCCCUUGCCUCUCAGCUUGCCUCUCCUCCAGCCAUUCUGACUACAUCGAACCUACCGCAAACGUUCAACGUUGUUGCUGCUACCGGUUCCGGGAAUGUACCAGUUGGGGGUCAAAACUUUUCCAAUACCGCCAAUAGUAAUACCACUAGCAAACUGAUAAUCAAUAGUACAAACCAGAGGAUAUUGAACAUCAACACCAACAAUAGCAACAGUUCAUCGACGGCCGCGGCAGUUGCUGCAGCUCUAGGAGGAGCAAUCCGACGGGUCAGUGGUGCCGCACCGGACGGCAGUGGUGGCAUUCAACUGCAAAUCCAAGGGGCCGACGGUAUUCGAAGGAUAGCCUCGGGUACUGGCAACGAUAUCCAACUGCAAAUCCAAGGCAUAUCUUCACCCGGCAGUGACCAUUCGAAUGCGUCCUCUUCAACGUCUGUUUCGACCGUAAAUCAGUCGAACAACAAUUCAAGCACCGGACCCAACAGCGGGAAUAUAAUCUUUAACAACAUGACAGGACUGAGUGCGCUGCUUGCUUCCACCACUUCACCCUCUUCCCAACAACAACAACAACAGCAACAGGUUGCCGUUUCUGGAGGGAUGAUGGACAAUAGUUCGACACUUGGUGGUGUGGUGAAUCCAUCUAAUCUAGGCACUAACAAUAACACUAGCAACAGUAGUAAUAAUAAUUCAGCAUUAAUCGAAAGACUGACUUCAUCUAGUAAUAUAAACCUAUCCAAUAACCUUCCAAACGCAAGCCCAGGCUUGCAGUUUACAAUACCAUCGCCAAAAACACCCCAACAGCAAUCUCAGCAGCAGCAGCAUUUACAGAUCCAGUCCCCCGCCUCGUCGAUAUCGCCACUCUCUAGUCCUCCACCGACGGUUACGUUGCAGUCCCAGCAACAACAACAACCCCAACAACGGCAGCAAAUUCAACUGCAACAGCAAACACAGCAGCAACCCCACCAGACGACCGUCAACCUACAGGGAUUGAACUUUGCCAGUUUGCACGGUGCUAUGGCGUCCAUUCCCGGACUACAGAACGUGCAGGUUCAAAUACCGGGACUUGCACAGCCGAUUUCGCUAUCCCUUUCUUCCGCUCCGUCCUCCGGCACGGCAACGGCAAAUGUGCUAAACGCACAGAGCAACGCACCCGUUACCGGGGGCACCAAUCAUCACGGGACGACGACCAGCCUGCUGGUGUCGGUUCCGGUGUCCAGUUCCGGCGGUGGAACCUGCACACAACUCGGUACGCUUGGUGCAGCCGGCACAUCCGGUGCAGCUGGUUCUGCAACUGGAUCCGCCAUGGCUGGUGCCACGGCCAACCUUCUGGGUGCCAACUCCCAAACUGCAACUCAAACCGUGGUGCUUGCCAAUCCACAAACCAGUGUUGGCGGAUCCAGUUUGCUUUCUCUGCCCAUCGCUCAAAUUGUUACCUCGGGAAUGAAAGGACUGGGUCAGCAGGGCAUACGGGCCGGAACGCCACUCACGGUCAGCACCGGCCAGCCCGGCCAGCAGAUACAGCUGCUGAACAUUAGCCAGAGACCGCGCAGUGGCCAACUGCCGGUGGUGUCUUCCGUUACCACGCCCAUCACAGCAAAGCAGAUUGCGGCACGCGUGGCCCAGCAGCAGCGCAACAUGGCGGCCGGAUCGACGCUGAAAAUUGCCACCCCAAUCACAGCUACACAUCACGGGCAGCAGCUUGGUCAAACGUUGAACGUGACGACUAGUGCGACUCAAAAUCAGCUGUUAAUGACGAAGCAGCUGCAAUUGAAGUUGCAACAGCACCAGCAACAGGUGCAACAAAACCAGCAGGCACAACAACAGCAGCAGCAAGCCCAGCAAAUUAUCACCACUUCAACUCAACCGGCCACUACUCAGAUACACAUUCAGCAGCAUCCGCAUCUGAAUCAACAGGCCCAACAGCAGCUGCAACAACAGGUGCAACUGCAGCAGCAACAGCAGCAGCAUGCAACCCAGCAGAUCAGCAUCAUAAAUAGUAGUGUGGUGUCGCCGCUGCCGUUGCCCACCAUCACGCCCCCGCCAGCACCGCAACAACAACCUACUCACCACCAGAAUGUGGUCAACGCACUGGCUGCAGGUAAACAUCGGCGAAGGUCUGCAGCGGACAUGAAUAAGUAAGCCGAACCUCAAUCACAGACACAGAAAAACAACCUCCCUCUAGUAACCUAUUUCCUGUAAAAAGUAAAAAAACGAAAAAGCAUAUUAAUUUAUCAUUGGCGAGCGCGCGAAGUGUGAUACUUUAAAAUGUUUUUGUGGGGGCGCGGUAGUGCAUGAUUGUUUGACCACGCAACAACUCGAGGUGUGGAUGAAUUGUGCGCAUCAACCUACGAAGACCACAAACACUCACACACACACACACACAACCUCUCAAACAAAAAACAACAGCUCUUUUAGUCACUCUAGUUGUAAGAACAAAUUAACGUUAAACAAACAUACGGAGCGAAACAAUAAGAAAAAAAACCCACGGUGGCCCUUCGCGUUUUGGUGAGAGGGGCGGCGCAGAUAAACGAAGAAGAAGGAGAUAGAUGAUGGACCUACGUAAGCAGAGUUUAUUUGAAACGAGGAAUAAACAUAGUUUGUUUUUAAUAUUUAAAACUUU